AUGGUGAAUGAGGAGGGUGCAGUUGACACACUCAGGGGACCAGAGAAACCAAGGAGAAGAAGGCAAGGAGAAAGAGGCAAGGAGAAAGAGGCAAGGAGAAAGAGGCAAGGAGAAAGAGGCAAGGAGAAAGAGGCAAGGAGAAAGAGGCAAGGAGAAAGAGGCAAGGAGAAAGAGGCAAGGAGAAAGAGGCAAGGAGAAAGAGGCAAGGAGAAAGAGGCAAGGAGAAAGAGGCAAGGAGAAAGAGGCAAGGAGAAAGAGGCAAGGAGAAAGAGGCAAGGAGAAAGAGGCAAGGAGAAAGAGGCAAGGAGAAAGAGGCAAGGAGAAAGAGGCAAGGAGAAAGAGGCAAGGAGAAAGAGGCAAGGAGAAAGAGGCAAGGAGAAAGAGGCAAGGAGAAAGAGGCAAGGAGAAAGAGGCAAGGAGAAAGAGGCAAGGAGAAAGAGGCAAGGAGAAAGAGGCAAGGAGAAAGAGGCAAGGAGAAAGAGGCAAGGAGAAAGAGGCAAGGAGAAAGAGGCAAGGAGAAAGAGGCAAGGAGAAAAAGGCAAGGAGAAAAAGGCAAGGAGAAAAAGGCAAGGAGAAAAAGGCAAGGAGAAAAAGGCAAGGAGAAAAAGGCAAGGAGAAAAAGGCAAGGAGAAAAAGGCACGGAGAGAAAGGAACGGAGAGAAAGGAAAGGAGAAAAAGGCACGGAGAGAAAGGAAAGGAGAAAAAGGAAGGGAGAAAAAGGAAAGGAGAAAAAGGAAAGGAGAAAAAGGAAAGGAGAAAAAGGAAAGGAGAAAAAGGAAAGGAGAAAAAGGAAAGGGAAAGAGGAAGUGA